AUGAAUGAAGAACAAUUUGAAAGACUCAUGAAUGUUUUGGCUGCAGCUCUAGAAGAUGAAUCCAGUCACCCAGAUGAGUAUGGAAUCACACAAAUCAACGAUGUGGAAGAUCUUUACAUAGUAGUAGGACCAGACUCAGACAAAUACAUGGUUACAGUCACUAUCAACAACAAGCCUCAAACAUUUGAAGUAGACUCUGGUGCACGAUUUUCCUUAUUCUCAGAAACGGACUUUGAUAAACUUGGACUUAAAGUGCCACUUCAACCAACUCCUAUCUCAUUUCGCUCCUACUCUGAUGAUAUAAUAAAACCUAAAGGUAAAGAAACUGUCUCAGUCUCUUACAAUGCAAAUUCACUAAAUGCUGAUUUAUUUAUAGUACCUGCAGGUCAUUCUGCUUUGUUAGGACGAAUUUGGAUUCGUGGAUUUGGAAUUGAACUCAGUGAGGUAGACAACAGAAAGCAAUUACCGAUUAAUACAGUUGAUGUUAGUUUAGUACCGUCUCUAGAGGAUAUAUUCGAAAAAUACUCAGCAAUUUUUGAAGAAAGAAUCGGAUGUGUUCCCAAUGUUGAAGUCAAACUCCAACUCAGAGAUAAUGAGAAACCAGUAUUUACUAGGGAACGUGAUGUCCCUUUCGCAUUACGAGAGAGAGUAGAAAAGGAACUUACAACCCUCGAGUUUCAAGGAAUCAUAACUCCAGUCGCAUCAAGUGAUUGGGGGUCACCAUUGGUUGUUAUCCCAAAGCCAGAUGGAGGAGUCAGACUAUGCGUAGAUUACAAGUGUGGGGUUAAUUCAAAACUUGUCUCAUCUAACCACCCCAUUCGACGCAUUGAUGAUGUUCUACAUAGUCUCCGCGGAUCUAGAUACUUCUGUAAGUUGGAUCUUCAUAAGGCUUAUUUGCAUCUAAAAGUCGAUGAAGAGGGAAGUAAGAUUCAAACAAUAUCAACCCAUAAAGGAAUGUUCAACAUGAAUCGUCUCAGUUUUGGAAUAAAAUCAGCCCCUUCUGAGUUUAAUAGAAUUUUGUCACAACUAUUAAACGGAUUAUCAAAGGUAGAAGCAUACUUUGAUGAUAUCAUUUGUCACGGUGAAACUCUGGAAGAGUGUAUGAAGAACCUUAUUGCAUGUUUGGAAUGUCUCAAGAAGAAUGAUCUACAUCUUAACAGAACAAAAUGUGUUUUCUUCAAGGAAAGUAUUAAUUACCUUGGACAUGUGGUGUCAUUCAAUAAGAUUCAAAAAUGCCCUAAAAAGGUUGAAGCAGUUACUCAGAUGCCUCGCCCUCGAAAUGUUGAUGAGUUAAGACGCUUUCUUGGCUUAGUUACAUACUAUGCAAAAUUCAUUCCUGACUUCUCUUCAAAAACACAUCCGCUACGAUGUUUGCUUCGAAAAGGAGAAAAAUUCUUUUGGUCAGCUGCUGCUGAAGCCUCAUUUCUGAAUCUGAAAUCUGAACUUUGUAGUGAUACAGUUCUUAUUCCUUUCGACCCAUCAAAACCAGUUAUUCUCACAACAGAUGCUAGCCCAACUGGAAUUGCUGCAAUACUCAGUCAUGAUAUCGAUGGUCAAGAAAGACCAAUUGCAUAUGCAUCCAGAGCAUUGACCCAGGCUGAAACCAAUUACAGCCAACUUGAUAGAGAAGCUCUAGCAAUCAUCUACGCAGUCACCCAUUUCUAUAAUUACGUUUUUGGUAAAAAAUUCACUCUUGUCACCCAUAAUGAACCAUUGUCACAUAUCUUUCAUCCAGGACGUGCCCUGCCACGAAUGACAUCAUCUCGCUUAUUGCGUUAUUCUUCAUUCCUCAGUGGUCUUGACUAUACAGUUCGAUGCAAGAAAGGGAGAGACAAUGAAAACGUGGAUUGUUUGUCUCGAAGCCCAGUUCAAUCAUCAAUUUCAUCUGAACUAACAUUCGACAAAGAAAUAAACACAAUCAAUGCAGAAACCUUACUUCAAAUCUCCAGCACAGUGAUAACGGCAGAAACGAUAAAAGAAGAAACAGCAAAAGACCCUGAGCUUCAAGUUCUUUUGCAUGAACUGAAAAAUAGUCGCAAAGAUAGCCCUUACAUGAUCUCAGACAACAUACUUUUCCGAUCAGAUCGAGUCGUAAUUCCCAAACGUCUUCAAAAUCAAAUUCUUAAUGAGCUCCAUGAAUCACACCUCGGAAUUACUAAAAUGAAACAGCUUGCUAGAAGAUAUGUAUAUUGGGAAGGUAUGGACAAACAAAUAGAAAGACUAGUGAAAAGCUGUGAAGCUUGUGCUAAAGUUCGUUACAAUCCACCAAAAGCUCCGGUACAUCCGUGGGAUCAGCCCGAUGAUAACUGA